CAUAGGCCAUAGGAUCAUAUCGAUCAUCGAACUCUUUGCUGGUCUGGACCAAAUUGGUCGACAUAGCCCCAUCGAUUCAGAAUCAUGUACCACCUCCUCACCGGAUUAUAUGAACACUUGACGCGCAAGGACGAGUACUCGGUCGUCAUCAUAGGUCUCGAUAAUGCAGGAAAGACCACCAUGCUCGAGAAGAUCAAGACGCUGUACAAUCCUAUCCCCGGAAUGCCAGCUGACAAGAUCGGUCCGACCGUAGGCCAGAACAUCGGAAAGAUCUCUCUCCCCUCGACCACCCUGCACUUUUUCGACUUGGGCGGUCAACGUGAUAUCCGUCAGAUCUGGGAGAAAUACUAUGACGAGUGUCACGCCGUCGUCUUUGUCGUCGAUGCGGGGGAUCAGGGGAGGUUGAGCGAGUGUUGGGAAGUCUUUGAUACGGUUCUGACCUCGCCUAGACUAUUAAACCUCCCACUCUUGCUCCUCGCCAACAAGCAAGACACGCCGACCUCGCUCUCUCCUGCCGAAGUGCGCGAAUCGUUCGACGCCUGGCACCGAGCUCGAUCAGAAUCCGACUUGAACGACUCACUCAAUCUUGACCCUGACGCCAACCCGGACGGAGAGAACGUAUCAGGAGACAACAUCGGCGGAAACACGGCCAGACCUAUGAGACUAUCCGAUGUUGACGGGGCCAAGGCGGAAAGGAUGGCAAGUCUGGACGUACUCGGGGUGAGCGCGUUGACCGGGGAUGGGGUCAAGGACGCUGUAACCUGGUUGUACGCGCGGGUCAGAAACGCCAGGCGAAUAGGCGAUCGGGAUUGAGGCGGACGAGGGUAUAAGAUGAUGGGUCAGAGCGUCCCACAUGAGUCGUCCGCAUGGCUCGUCUAU